ACUCAACUCACUGGUUCUUGACCUCGACUUCCCUGCACUACGAAAGAACAAGAACAUUGACAACUUCCUAAAUAGAUAUGAAAAAGUUGUCAGCGAUGUGCGACAACUACAGAUGAAAGCAGAAGAUUAUGACAUAGUAAAAGUCAUUGGACGAGGGGCCUUUGGUGAAGUCCAACUGGUUCGGCACAAAAGUACGCAAAAGGUUUAUGCAAUGAAACUGUUAAGUAAAUUUGAAAUGAUAAAAAGAUCAGACUCUGCCUUUUUUUGGGAAGAAAGGGAUAUCAUGGCCUUUGCAAACAGCCCGUGGGUAGUUCAGCUGUCUUGUGCCUUCCAAGAUGAGAAGUUCCUCUACAUGGUGAUGGAGUACAUGCCUGGCGGAGACCUUGUAAACCUUAUGAGCAACUACGAUAUGCCUGAGAAGUGGGCAAAAUUCUACACUGCCGAAGUGGUCCUGGCCCUCGACGCCAUUCACUCCAUGGGCUUGAUCCAUCGAGACGUCAAACCAGACAAUAUGCUGCUGGACAAGAAUGGCCACCUGAAGCUGGCGGACUUUGGCACAUGCAUGAAGAUGGAUGAAACAGGUAUGGUGCGUUGUGACACUGCCGUCGGAACUCCAGAUUACAUAUCACCUGAAGUGCUGAAGUCUCAAGGAGGAGAUGGCUACUACGGACGGGAGUGUGACUGGUGGUCGGUUGGGGUCUUCCUGUUUGAGAUGCUGGUUGGGGACACUCCAUUUUAUGCCGACUCCCUGGUUGGAACCUAUAGUAAAAUUAUGGAUCACAAGAAUUCCCUAAACUUCCCAGAAGAUGUGGAAAUUUCUAAGCAUGCCAAGAACCUCAUCUGUGCCUUCUUAACAGAAAGGGAGGUGCGACUUGGGCGGAAUGGUAUAGAGGAAAUCAAGCAGCACGCGUUCUUCAAGAACGACCAGUGGACCUGGGACAACAUACGAGAGACGGCUGCGCCGGUGGUCCCUGAGCUGAGCAGUGACAUUGACAGCAGUAACUUUGAUGACAUUGAAGAUGACAAAGGCAACGUGGAGACAUUUCCAAUCCCUAAAGCAUAUGCAGGGAACCAGCUGCCUUUCAUUGGAUUUACCUAUUACCGGGAAAACUUAUUGCUGAGUGACCCGUCUAAGGGUCGGGAGCAGCAGAACUCCUCCAUGAAGUCUACGAAGGAGGAGUCUGCAGAACAUCUGAAGGCUAUUCAGAAGCUGCAAGAAAAACUUCAGAAUGAGGUCCAAACCAGGGAUGAAGUAGAGCACAAAUACAGGUCUGUAAAUUCCCGCCUGGAGAAGACAAUGAAGGAACUUGAUGAACAGAUAAAUUCUCGGAAGAACCUGGAGUCCACCAGCCGGCAGCUGGAGUGUGAGAAGGCCCUGCUACAGCACAAGAACGCCGAGUACCAAAGAAAAGCGGAGAAUGAGGCGGAGAAGAAACGCAGCCUUAGAAAUUCAGUGAACAGUCUGAAGGAUCAACUUGAAGACUUGAAGAAAAGGAACCAAAAUUCCCAGAUCUCCAACGAGAAAAUGAACCAGCUCCAAAGACAACUGGAUGAAGCCAACGCCCUCCUACGUACAGAGUCGGACACAGCAGCCCGGUUACGGAAGACUCAAAACGAGAUGUCCAAGCAGAUCCAGCAGCUGGAAACCAAUAACCGAGAGCUGCAGGACAAAACUUGUAUGCUGGAAAAUGCCAAGCUGAAGCUCGAGAAGGACUACAUCAACCUGCAAUCAGCCCUGGAAUCUGAAAAGAGGGACCGGACGCAGGGAUCGGAGAUUAUUAGUGACCUUCAAGGCAGGAUAUCUGUACUAGAAGAUGACGUUAAGAAAGGAAAGGACUUUCUUACACGUGCAGAGUCUGAGAAGAGGCAUCUACAGGAGAGGCUAGCUGCCCUGGAGAAGGAAAAAAAUAACCUGGAGAUCGACAUGACGUACAAGCUGAAGGCUCUGCAGCAGAACGUGGAGAAGGAAGAAGCAGAACAUAAGGCCACCAAGGCACGCCUGGCUGACAAGAACAAGAUCUAUCAGUCUAUUGAAGAGACCAAGUCUGAAGCCAUGAAAGAUAUGGAGAGGAAACUGCAGGAGGAGAGGUUGUCCAAGCAAAGACUGGAGAACAACUUGCUGCAGGCAGAGAAGCAAUGCUCCAUGCUGGACUGUGACCUGAAGCAAGCCAAGCAGAAGAUUAAUGAGCUGGAGACCCUGAAGGACAAACUCCUGGAAGAUGUUAAAAACCUUACCUUAAAAACUGAACAGGAGACCCAGAAACGCAGCCUGACCCAGAAUGACUUAAAGAUGCAGCUUCAACAGGUGAACAGUCUAAAGAUGUCAGAGAAGCAGCUGAAGCAGGAGAUCAACCACUUGACCGAGAUCAGAGCGAGCCUAGAAAAACAGAACAGCGAGCUGCGCAAAGAACGUCAAGACGCAGAUGGUCAGAUGAAGGAACUUCAAGACCAGCUGGAGGCUGAGCAGUAUUUCUCUACCUUGUACAAGACCCAGGUGCGAGAACUGAAGGAGGAGUGUGAAGACCAAGGGAAACUUUACAAGGAGAUGCAACAGAAGGUUCAGGAGCUCCAGGAUGAGAGGGACUCUCUGGCUGCUCAGCUUGAGAUCACAUUGACUAAGGCGGACUCUGAACAGCUGGCACGCUCCAUUGCUGAGGAGCAGUACUCUGACCUGGAGAAAGAGAAGAUCAUGAAAGAGCUGGAGAUCAAGGAGAUGAUGGCUCGUCAUAAACAAGAGCUUGCCGAGAAAUAUGCCACCAUUAGUUCUCUUGAGGAAGCCAACAAAACACUAACUACCGAUGUGGCCAAUUUGGCCAAUGAGAAGGAAGACCUGAACAACAAACUGAAGGAUUCCCAAGAAGAAAUUCAACAUCUGGCUGAAGAAGGAACUACCGUUGUGAUUCUUAAGACACAAUUUGAGAAGCAACUGCUGAACGAGAGGACCCUGAAGACCCAGGCCGUGAACAAGCUAGCCGAAAUCAUGAACAGGAAAAUUCCCAAUUCCAAGGGCGGACCUGACACCGAUGUGCGCAGGAAGGAGAAGGAGAAUAGGAAGCUGCAAUUGGAGUUGAAAUCUGAGAGGGAAAAGCUUUCACGCCUUGUCAUCAAGUACCAGAAAGAGAUGAAUGAGAUGCAGGCGCAAAUUGCGGAAGAGAGUCAGGUUCGAAUUGAGCUUCAGAUGGCGCUCGACAGCAAAGACAGCGACAUCGAGCAGCUGCGGUGUCAGCUGCAAUCCAUUCACAUCGGCAUGGAUAGCACAAGUAUCGGCAGUGGGCAUGGUGACAACGACAAUGAUGACGGAUACCCAGAAUCCAGACUGGAAGGAUGGUUGUCACUUCCUGUGCGAAAUACUAAGAAGUUUGGCUGGAUUAAAAAGUAUGUGGUGGUUAGCAGCAAGAAAAUUCUGUUUUAUGACAGUGAGCAGGAUAAAGAGCUGUCCAAUCCAUACAUGGUGUUGGAUAUAGAUAAACUAUUCCACGUGCGGCAGGUAACUCAGACGGAUGUGUAUCGGGCGGAUGCUAAGGAGAUUCCACGGAUCUUCCAGAUUUUAUAUGACAAUGAAGGAGAAAGCAAGAAAGAGAUAGAAUUCCCAGUGGAUCCUGUGGAGAAAUCGAACUAUAUCUGUCACAAAGGACAUGAGUUCAUUCCCACGUUAUACCAUUUCCCAACAAGCUGUGAUGCCUGCAUGAAGCCCCUGUGGCACAUGUUCAAACCCCCUGCUGCCUUAGAGUGCCGGCGCUGCCAUAUCAAAUGCCACAAGGACCAUAUGGAUAAGAAAGAGGACAUGAUAGCACCUUGCAAAGUAAACUACGAUAUUUCUACGGCUAAGAAUCUACUUUUAUUAGCGAACUCCACGGAGGAGCAGCAGAAGUGGGUGAGUCGGCUGGCAAAAAAAAUUCCCAAAAAGGCGCCAGCUCCUGAUCCCUUUGCCCGUUCCUCUCCAAGAACUUCCAUGAAGGUACAGCCAAACACGUCUAUGAGGCGGCCUAGUCGACAACUUCCUCCAAACAAACCCAGGCUGCUUGACCUGGCUUUUAACGACUGGCACUGGUCUCUGGAUGACGUAGAGGAUGAUGGGGAUGAUGUUUUUGAUUUCUGAAGCGGUAACCUCGGUUAACUGCCUUCUGUGAAUGCAGUGCCCAUUUUAAGAUGAUUUCUUCCAUUAAAUUACAAAAAUAAGACUGACUGCAAAAUAAGGUGUCCAAAAAAAAAGGAGAAAAAAAAAACUAUAUUUUUUCCAAAAAGACUGUGCAUAUAUAUAUCAGAGGUUUACAAAAAAUUUCUUGCUGCAAUGUAGAAAGAGAGAAAAGAAAUAAUGUUGUUCCUGACGAGUGGCUCAGGGUGGUCAGAAGUCACUGUGAUUUACGUAGACCCCUUACCCGGGAUUAAUACCCAGGUUACACUCCUGCUACUUCGCAAACGAAAAUCUCCGAGGACGGCUUUUACCCCUGCUCGAAACGUGAAGGCUUCAAAGCGAGGAUAUGAACGGUGGGGAAACGAGUGCCGGUUCCACAAGGUUUUUACACUACAUCCCAGAGGAACUCCGGUCCCACAGCUGACGGCGUCCACACAGCGGUUUUGGUGCUCAGUAUCGCUCCGAAUGAGCUCCUCGACGAGAGAAAAAGACGGACCGUGUAUAUAUUUGUAUCGUACUGUACCGCCAGAGGCUUUGUGAGAACGCCACCCUUUAUUUUUGUACUCCUUGACCAAUGCCUGCGGUUGUGACUAUGCACAUGUACAAAGCCAUAGUGUUAUCCCUCUGUCUGACUCAUAUGGAGGGAUUAUCGGGGGAGGGGGGGGGCUUGAAAUAAAUCGCAAAAUUGCAUGCAAGCGCUGAGCACAUUCAGUCUCGGAACCUGCAAAUAUCUUCUUCCAAAAAUAUCUGGAUGCCUUAAUAAAAAAAUAAAAAUGAC